AUGUCCGACAAGAUCAAAGAUGCUCUCCAAGAAGAGGCAUCGACCUUCCGAGCCGUCGCCCACGACGUCGCCGUGUCCGGCGCAUACCUCUACCCCGUGAAGGGGAUAUUCUACUUCACCUCCCACAAAGACCUCUGGCGGCCGUUCGUCUCCCGCGCCGCACAGACAAUCGGCCUCGGCCUCGCCGUCACAACAACCAUGUUCUUCCUCACCUACGUCCCGCAAGCAGCCCUCAUGACCUUCACCAGCGGCCCGCUCGCGCCCAUCUCCGCCGCCCUCCUCGUCCUCAGCGAAAGCUCCACCAUCACCAACUUCCUCGCCCGCUCCUACCUCCUCGCCGACACCCUCACCGAUACCUUCGACGGCACGCUCGUCGCCCGCGGCCAGGCCCCGCUCGUCGCGCAGGGCCGCCAGCUCAAGAGCCCCGGCAAGGGCGCCGUCGCGCGUCUCGGCAAGAUGCUCAGCCGCCCGCUGGAGAGAGCGAAGCCCGCCGCGCUGCUGAGGGCGAUCGUCCUCCUGCCGCUGAAUCUUAUCCCGGUCGUGGGCACCCUGCUGUAUGUGUAUGUGCAGGGGAAGCGGAUGGGGCCGGUGGCGCAUGCGCGGUAUUUCCAGCUGAAGGGCUGGGAUGCCCGCACGAGGGAGGCGUGGGUCAAGAAGAAUCGCGGCGGGUAUACUGGGCUUGGCAUGGCCGCGUUUCUCUUUGAGAUGGUGCCGUUUGCCUCGUUGAUGUUCUCGUUUACGAAUACCGUUGGUGCGGCGCUGUGGGCGGCGGAUCUUGAGAAGGUGAUGCAGGAGGGGUUGUCGGUGAAGAUCUGA